AUUUACCCUAUAGACACAGGUUCAAUCCAGCAACUAUAUUGUUGUUAUCAUCAUAAUAAUCAAAGAUCCAUUUAAGUCAAAAGAGAGCCAAUCCAUGACCUUACCCAGAGGUUACAACAGCAUUGUUCAUGGUACUCACAGAAGAUGAAAUUCAGAAGCACAUAAAACGGGGGAAAACCACCGAAGGCUUUGCCACACAAUUGCACACUGUGAAGGGUCAACAGGAGACAAAUAUAAAUAUUGUUUAUAUUUGAAAUAAUCUGUUGAUGUUUAUGUUGAAAAUAGUUGUAUUUAUGUUUUCGAAAAUCAUAGUAUCAUAACUGAUUUAUUAUUGACAGUCGUAUGUGUGAUGGGGGUUUUGCUUUCGGAAAGAUAUUAUAAUAUAUUGCUGCAAGACAUUGACGACUAUGCCUUAAAUUUCUCUUUCUGUUUUUAUGACAGGAGAUAAGAUUCAUAGAAGUUGGCAUCAGCUUAUAAGGCAAACAAUUUCCGGUCGUAAUAAUAAAGCUGUUUGCUCGAGUCUUCUAGAUGGUUUCACUGAGACAUACUCGUACCAAUCCAGUUCAUAAUGAAGAAUUGUAUGAUGGACUUCCGUGUAGUUCUGCUCACUGAUGGGUUUCCGGUGCCAUCAGAAAGGCAGAUAAAGAAAAAAAAAACAAGGAGUGGUCUGACUUUGAAGAACGAUGCUACGGAGAUUUUCUACACUCAUGUGGUCAGUCCCGUUCAGGAUGCUCAGAGCAACGCGUCUCUGAAUCGCGCGCGCACCGGCAGCAGAGGGUUCCCAGCACACGAGAGAGGCGAACGUGUUCCAGUGGGCUGCAGAGAACUGCGAUCAACAAAGUACAUCUCAGAUGGACAGUGCACCAGCAUAAACCCUGUUAAAGAACUGGUGUGCACAGGACAGUGCCUUUCAGCGCAGAUGCUGCCCAACUGGAUCGGUGGAUAUGGUAGAAAGUUCUGGAACCGGCAAAACAGUCAGGAAUGGCGCUGCAUGAAUGACAAGACCCGAACCCAACGGAUUCAGCUCCAAUGUCAGGAUGGUAGCACUAGGACCUACAAGAUCACUGUAGUGACCUCCUGCAAAUGCAAAAGAUACACACGGCAACACAACAAAUCGGAAAACAAGUCUGAUGGAUACACUCAAACCCAGAUGCCUCACAAACCCAAAAGGCAAGGGAGGCAUCGGAACGGCAAGCUCAAUGAGAACUGGCAUGAGUCUCUGGUCUAUAACUGACCAAAGCACUUGAUUUUCCCAUCUAAACGAACUAAAUAUGAGAGCUUGUGGGGUCUACUCAUUGGAGCAAAUGUGCUGCAUUUGAGAGCGAGUGCAGGGCUCUGACUUCACAGUGAGACAGAAGUUAUCUGCAGUCAUUGGAAAGAAAAACAAAUGUCAUUACCAACAAAUUCACAAAGAAUCCCAUAGGUGACCCUGUGCCAAAGAUACUGUAUGUCCAUACGAAUGCCAAAAAAGACUGACACUGACCAUUGCUCAUUAUCUGCAACAACAGCAUAUUGUUUUGCAAAAUGAAUGGAAAUGGACCUGCGAUUUGUGUUGUAUUUGUCGUCAAUGCCUGAUAUGUGUAGAAUAACAAAAUUGCAUAAAUGUUACUUAACUUGCAGUGUAGGUCUAUGCUAUAUAUAACAGUGACAAUAACUGCAUCUCUCAAACCUGAGAAAUGCAUAGCUAUUUGUAAAUUAAGUAUCUGUAAAUACACACAUACUGUCUUUUGUGUAAUUAAUUGUUUUGCAGGACCUUUCUGUGUUAUAAAAUAUAAUAUUUUUUGUACAAGUUGAUGUUAUAUAUUUUUAAAUCAUGUAUUUUCAGUUUGUCCAAGCAUUAUUCAGACAAGAUAUUGCACUAUAGUGACAAUGUUGAUAUUGGCUGUUACAGUAUGGUGUAAAAACAUUAAAAUUAUAACAUCUCAA